AUGCCACCCCAGCCGGCCCCACCGCGUAUGAUAGAUCGCCGCCACGUUUUUGGCGUCUGCGAAAAGGUGAAGGACGGCUUUCAGUAUCUCGAUGACACCAAUGUCGUCUGGGUGGCUGGGAAGAGUCUUGUCGUUCUGGACACGCAGCUUGGUACACAGCAGCUAAUCCCUUGCACUCCUAGCUGCAACUUUGUCACAGCCCUGGCGAUUUCUUACAAUCGCCGGCUACUGGCUGUGGCGGAGAGCUCCAAGUUUCCCUGCAUUGUUAUCUACGUAUGUGAUAUGAGUGGAACUCCAAAGCUAAAGCGGAAGAAGCUUCUACAAGUGCUCGAUCUCGGUUCAACGGAAUACGUUUCACUUGGCUUCUCCUUGGAUGGGCGCUAUCUCAUCUCGCUCGGUGAUCACCCCGAGUGGAACGCUGUGUACUGGAAUGUGGAGCGGGCCAAGGUGGUGGCCUCCUGUGCCGUACUUGAUGAAAAGGAACUCUCCUCCAAAGACAGGCAUCUGCUUAAUCAGUGCAGUAUUUGCCCCAAUGAUGCCUCACUGGUGUGUGUUUCGGGUCAAGGCGUUGUGCGGUUUCUAGUGCAGCAGGAGAGUCACCUGCGUCCUGCCGCAGGUGGAUUGCGGGAGCCAGUCACCAAAUACCUGGCCCAUAUGUGGAUUCCGUCAGAGAACCGGCUUAUCCUCUCCACUGAGAACGGUGAUCUUAUUGUCAUGGAGAACAACGAGUAUAAGUACCCGCUUCCAAUUUCCCCGUCCGAUGGGAUUGCCAUCACCACCCUGGUGGCCUAUAGCAAAGGAUUUAUAUGCGGCGGAGACAUGGGCUUGAUUUGCAUCUUUGAGCGAACUGACAAUAAGGAGAUGUAUCGCAAGGUUCGAACCUUUAAAUUUAACAACGACGCAGAAAAUAUGGGACCUCAAAGUGAAGUCGUUCCGGCGAUUCUCUCGCUCACACUCUCGCCUCAGCCUGCAGAGGAGUAUGUGUCCUUCAUGACUAGUACGAAACAGUUAUACUCCCUCAAUCUCCCCAACGCCGAUUUCUUUAAGUCGAAUGAACGGGUGUUUGAGCCUAUUGGUCAACCCUUCCAUUCCGGGCCUGUGAUUGGCGUGGACGUUUGCGUGCAGCGGCCGCAUGCGGUGACCGCCGGCCGAGACCGCUGCAUCUUUUUGUGGAAUCUCAUCACAGGGGUUGUCGAGUUUCGUAAACGGUUUCCAACCGACAUCUACAGUAUUGCCAUGCAUCCAUCAGGACUGCAUCUUUUGGUGGGACUCGCUGAUGGGCUUCGCAUGAUGAAUUUGUACCAUAAUGAUGUUCGAGAAUUUAAAAACAUCGGCAUUCGCUCCUGUGUGGAGUGCCGUUUCAGCACAGGUGGUCAGUUCUUCGCGGCAGCCCACGCCACCACUAUUCAUGUAUACUACACGUACACAUGUGAGCUGCUCGGACAUCUGCGCGGGCACAGUGGAAAGGUCAAGAGCAUUUACUUUGUGCCCCCCGAUGACACAAAGUUGAUCUCCGUAGGCCUGGACGGCGCCGUCUGCGAGUUCAACCUUUGCGACUUUCACAAGCUCCACGACAACGUGCUUAAGGCCAUGACGUACAACUGCGCCGUGGCUGAUGUCGGCACCGUAUGGACCGCCGGUAAUGACCGCAAACUUCGCCAGUUUGAUCGUGCCAAGUUACAGCCCGUCGCUGAGUACGAUCUGCAAAACGCCUCGCUGUACUCUAUGGUCAUCAGCUCCAAGUUAAAACUACUCGUCGGCGGCGCCGAGGAUGGCACCGUUCGUGUGUUUAAUACCUAUCUGGGGGAGAAGUUUUCUGGCGCGGACCGCGAACGGGAGAGUGGGGGCGAGAUCACGAUUGAAUCCCACAGCGCUCACUCUGGUAUCGUCACGCGCCUCGCGCUGACGUUUGAUGAGUCGAUGGUGGUCAGCGUCGGCGAUGACGGCGCCGUGAUCUUCUGGGACGUCGUAGCCCCCUACCGUGGACCGCAGAAAGAGGUGGAGUAUUGCCGUGAGCUCUUUAUGGCUCGUGCCGACCUGGAGGCAGCCACAAAGGCGGUCGCCGCACUAGACACCGAGGUGAGUGAGCUGAAGCAGCGGAUGCUGCAGCAACAGAUUAGGCGUGACAGGGUGCACGAUGAGAAGCUGGCGAAGCUGGACCGGGAGCGCGCUGACGAGCAGGCGCGUCGCCUUGCCCAGCACAAGGCGCUGAAGGCGGAGAAGAACGAGCAGGCCAUUCAAUUCACCGAAUUUAUGGCGGAGAUGGAGGCGAAGGAGAAGGAGACGCUGCGGCGCACCAAGGAGGACUACAGCGUCAAGAUUGAAUCCCUGCGCAACCGCGCUGACCGACUGCGACAACUCAUUGAUGAACGUCAAAAGGAGCAGGACGCCCACCUUGCCGAGGUGCAUGAAAUUGCCGCACGGAACCGGGCGCAGGACAAGGAGUGUCAGCAGGUGGUGUUGCAGGAAAUGGACGACGAACACCAUCGCCUGAUUGUGGAGAAGGAGCAGGACGAAAAGAACACCGACAGCUACUGCGCCUUGAUUGAGGAUGACACGGACGUGGAGGUCACCCUGCUGAAGGAGGAUGUCGAGAAGCGCCGCAAGGAGCAGGAGGAGGAGGUGGCCAUCCUGCAGGCGAGCAACGACCUUUUGCUGUCGCGGGAGAACAUCAUAAAGGCUGACCUGGAGGCGAUUAAGGCAGAUGUGCGGGAGAAGCUCCGGCAGCAGACCACCUUGGAGUCACAGAUUGAGGCGGCAAAGCGCGACAUUGGGGCCCUCACGCAGGAGUUUAAGGACCGUGGAGAGACGAUUGCCGAGAAGGAGCGCCGGGUGCUGGAUCUCAAGAAGAAAAACCAGGAGCUGGAAAAGUUUAAGUUCGUGCUGGAGUACAAAAUCAGGGAGCUCAAGUCGCAGAUUGACCCACGUGAUGAGGAAAUUCGGCAGGCGAAGAGCCGUCUGUCGGAGAUGGGUAAGGAAGCGGACAACUACAUACACAGCAACGAACACCUCGUGUUGCAGAUUCGCAGCCUGCGGCAGAAGAAGGCGGGGCAGCAGAGGGAACUCGACAACCUUGCAGAGAGCAUGCGCGGGUUUUCGGAGUACCUCUCGCGGCUGUGGACGGAGCUGUGCGACCUGCAGGAUGAGAAGAACCCGCGCAAGUUGAAGGAGUCGGCCAAGAUGCUCUUUGACAAAUACACCUCCAGCAAGGCGUCUGCCGCGAACAAGGCGCUCGCCUCCCGCACAGCCGCGGAUGAGGUGCGGGAGUACAGCCGCGAGCGCGACCACCUCGAGCGCAACCUCGCAGGGCUGAAGAACAAGGUGAACAAAGACGCGGAGAACAACCGCACCGACAAGAGUCGCAUUACCACGGAGAACGUCAUCCUCAUUAAGGAGAUUAACGACCUGCGUAAGGAGGCACGACUGCUGGCUGGAAAGGCGGGUGCCUGGCGCCAGACAGAAACUGCAGGUGCUGCCGCGCAAGAAGAGGAUGCUGCACGCGAGCUCACGAUGCAGCGGGUGGAACUGCAGCGCCUUCGUCUCUUGGCAACCAAACUGGAGGAUGAGGCACGCGCAAAAGGCAUCACGUUGAAGCUCCCUUUACUCGGAGGAAGGGAAAGUAGAGAAUUGAAGAGGCGUUGA